AUGCAAUGGAGCCGACGUCAUAUGGCUGAAUUUUUUGGCGGUACGGAGUGGCAAGCUCGUUCAGCUAUGGAUAUUCGCUCAACAUAUGGUCUUCUUGCUAUUGAUCUUCCACUACAAAAUCGUGCGAAAAUUUCUGACGCUACGAUAGCAAAAGUUUUGUUUUUUUAUGAAGACGACACUAUUAGUCGUCAGUCAUCAAAUAAAAAAGAUACUAUCGGUGUCAAACUGCUGAAUGGCGACAAAAUAAGAAAAGCAUGUCGAUUUUUGAUAAUGUCUAUCUCCGAAGCCUAUGAAUUAUUCAAAAAACAAUAUGAAAAUGAUCUGUCUGUGAAAAUUGGACAUUCAAAAUUUUUUUAUUUACGACCUAAACGGGCGAAAUUCUCUAUAUCUCAUAAUGUUUGUGUGUGUUUUUAUCACGCAAAAUAUCAGACUGUUUCUCCAGGUAUUUAUUUUUUCCUUUGAUAUUCGUUAGCUUCCCUUCAUAAAUGUGGUUUUUCUAGUUUCAUCUCACUUUUAAAGGCA